AGGAAAGUCUAAAGAGUCGUCAAUGGUUCUAGAGUCUUCCAUAACCUUCGUUUCCUCUGUUAUUACCACUUCCUUCAUGAUUCAGGAAACUACUGUAACCUUCCACGAACAUAUAUAAUCUCAAAAACCCUUCUCUUCCACCUUAUCUUCCAUCGUCGCUUUCGAUUUUUUUCUCUUCUCCUUCUUCUUAGAUUCUUCUUCCCUAUAAAGUUUGCUUUUUUCCUUCUUCUUCUCUCUGUUCUUGAGAAAAAGAUUCUCUCUUUUUUCCUUUUCUUUGCUCGACUGUGUUAGCGUGAUGUCUUCAGAGAACGAUUUCGCUAUGUUUUCCGAUGGUAUCUCUCGUUUCUUACCGCUGAUUUUAACUGUAGCCGCCAGAGAAGCUGCUGACGACGCUGAUCAGAUGGAGAUCACCAUGGAUCCGUUGAAUCCGAGAGUGGUGAUGAUCAGAUCGGGUCCUGGGCUAGGCGGCGGAGGUAAAGAAGGGAGAUCCCCGGCGACGAAAGCUUCCGUUGAGAGUAUGCCACGUGUCGUCAUCGGAGAUGAUAACAAGGAGAAGGGUUCUUGCGCGAUUUGCUUGGAGGAGUGGUCUAAAGGUGACGUGGCGGCUGAGAUGCCGUGUAAGCACAGGUUUCAUUCAAAGUGCGUUGAGGAGUGGUUGGGGAGGCACGCCACGUGUCCUAUGUGUAGGUACGAGAUGCCUGUUGAGCAAGUGCAAGGAGACAAGAACGUUGAGGUCUGGAUUGGUUUCUCCGUCGGCGGAAGAAGACAAGGUGAUGAAACAGCGGCUUAGGGUUUUAGGUUUGGUUAGAGAACCGUAUGAGAAAGCUUUGUAUAGUUUUAGUUUUUUUGUUUUUUUUUCUGAAAUCAAUUUCUCGAAUUCAAUGUAUUUUUUUUUGCUGAAAUUGAAACAAAUUCAAGAAGAUGAUUCAUUCUCAUUGCGGUUAAUUAACAACACAAACAAAGAUUUUAAUG